AGCCGAUGAGUUCGGAUUUCUUCCAAGAAGCCCUUGGCAGCAAGAGAAAAUCGACAGAUGGAAAUGUUCUUGGAUCAGGGAGAAGGUCGUCCACUGAGAUGCUUCUCGAGGAGGUCGCGAGAGAACCCCACAAGCUCUAUGUCAACCGAUUGAUGAAAUCACGAGGGGUUGGAGUUAAGGAGAUGAAGGGAGAAGAAGCAAAGAGGAGGAGAAUCAGCGCAGAUGCAACUGAGAGGGAGGGAGCAAACUUUGUGACCAAGAGCACGGGGCAGGAGCAAGGGAGGGAUACCGAGUUGGUAUCCCUUCCCCGUACCAGCAGCUAUCUCUCUUCCCUCGAGGAACCAGCAGCUGUCAUUCUCACAUGCAUCUACGAUGAGAUAAGGACGUGUGUGAAGGCGUUGAAGCGGACGGAGGGUCUGAACGCGAGGCCCCACCAGGGGUCCUUGCGGUCCACAAAGAGGAGGCAGGGGGGGUGGAGGAUCUGAACAAGACAAGUCGAUCAAGAACAAGAACAAGAACAAGAGCAAGAGCAAGAACAAGAACAAGAACAAGCAAGAACAAGAACAAGUACAGGAAUGAGAAUGAGAAUGAGAACAACUUGAUGAUAAUGAUGAUGAUAAUGAUGACGACGACGACAUUCUUGUCCUUGUCCUUGUCCUUGCUCGUGAUCUUGUUCUCGCAAUGACCGAAAUAGCGGAGUUGG